CACUUUAACACCAGGGGCCAGAUUCACAAAACAUUCUUAAGAAGAAAAUUAUUCUCAACCGACAUGUUUUUGCGUAUAUUCAAACUUAAGAAAAAAGUAAGGAAUGUUACCUGUUCCUAAAAAAAACCUAAGACAGUUGUUAUGUUCUCAAGAUUGAUCUUAGGAAAAAAAUUGAGAAGAAUCCAAAUUCUGGAAACAAAAGCGGUUAAGGUUGCCUCACGGUUAUCUUCAAUCUCAAAAGCAGACUGAGGUCAGAUCUCUCACAUGAAGAUGAAGAUGAAGGUGAAGAAGAGUUGUGUCCCUUCUAAAAGAGGGAUCGUGGUGAGGGGCGAGUGGAAGCCAGUGAACGUGGACCCCAGUCUGUUCUCUGACCCGUGUUUGGACGGUCUGGUGUGUUUCGAAGAACUGACGGAUUAUUCCCUGGUGGAGCCUGAAAAGACCAUUCAUGUGGACGAGUCUGUGAAGAAAACUAGAUCAGACCGAAAGAGAAAACCCAGAGAAGAGCAGCUGAAGGCUGAAGAUGAUGAUGACACUGACAGAAAGAAGAAGAAGAAGCUCAUGACAGAUGACGAGGCGUCUGUAGAUGAAGAAGAGAUGUCACAGGACCAUCACACUCCACAGACAACAUCCACACUGACAAAACAAGAGAACAAGAAGAAGCGUAAGAAGAAGAAGAAGAAGAAAGUGCGUUCAGAGGGGUGUGAAGUGAAGAGGUCAGACGGGGGUGAUGUAGGAACUGCCCCGUCUAAAAACAAAAAAUCCAAAAACAAAAACUGGAGCGACGCAGCUCAAGCAGACGCAGAGAGUCGGAACGCAGACGUGUCUGCGUGGAAAGAUCUGUUUGUACCUGACGCUGUUUUAAAAGCUCUCAGUAAACUGGGCUUUUCUGCACCCACUCCCAUUCAAGCUCUGGCCAUCCCACCGGCCGUCAGAGAUCAUUUAGAUGUUCUGGGAGCUGCGGAGACGGGCAGCGGAAAGACUUUGUCUUUUGCCAUUCCCAUGAUCCACAUGAUUCUAGAGUGGAGGAAAGGCUCAAAGCAGCAGCAGCAUCAGUCGGCAGAGACGCGUGUGGAGAGCAUUAACCUGCCGUCCAUCAGCGUGCACACAGACUCUGGCAGCGGCGCUGAUGAUGAAGAUGACGACGAUGACCCAGUGAAAGAUGAUGACGACGCUCCAGUGAAAGAAGAUGAUGAUGAAGGUGUGACGGCCGGCAUUCCAGAAGCACACGAGCGACCGCUCCUCGGUCUGAUCCUCACUCCCACUCGAGAGCUGGCCGUUCAGGUUAAACAUCACAUCGAUGCUGUCGCUCAGUUCACAGGUAUAAAAACAGCCAUUGUUGUUGGUGGGAUGGCGCCACAGAAACAGCAGCGGAUGUUGAUGCGGAGACCAGAGAUCGUCAUAGCGACGCCGGGACGUUUAUGGGAGAUGAUCAAAGAGAGACACCCUCACCUGCAGAAGCUCAGACAGCUGCGGUGUCUGGUCAUCGAUGAAGCUGAUCGUAUGGUGGAGAAAGGUCACUUCUCAGAGCUGGAGAGUCUGCUGGAGAUGCUCAACACCUCGCAGUUCAAUCCCAAGAGACAGACCUUCAUCUUCUCCGCCACGCUGACCAUGGUGCACGGACUGCCGCUGCGUCUGCAACAGAAGAAGAAGAAGAAGAAGAAGACGGCGGCCGGGAGGACGGAGCAGCGGAGCAAACUGCAGCUCCUCAUGGAGAAAGUGGGCAUGAAAGACAAACCCAAAAUCAUCGACCUGACGCGUAAAGAAGCCACUGUGGAGACUCUGACGGAGACCAGGAUCAUCUGCAGCAAGGAGGAGAAAGACUUCUCUCUCUAUUACUUCCUGCGGCGUUAUCCCGGACGCACCAUGGUGUUCGCCAACAGCAUCGACUGCAUCAAGAGACUGAACGCUCUGCUGCUGAUCCUGGACUGCUCGCCGCUCGCUCUCCACGCUAACAUGCACCAGAAACAGCGGCUGAAGAAUCUGGAGAGGUUUGCGGAGAAGGACAGUUGUGUUCUGCUCACCACAGAUGUGGCAGCGCGAGGUCUAGAUGUUCCAAACGUUCAACAUGUGAUUCACUAUCAGGUUCCUCGCACGUCUGAGACUUACGUCCACCGCAGCGGUCGCACCGCUCGGGCAACCAAAGAGGGUCUCAGCUUGCUUCUGAUUGGCCCUGAUGAUUUGAUCAAUUAUAAGAAGAUCUGCAGAACUCUGGAGAAAGAUGAAGACCUCCCUGUGUUCCCUAUUGAGGCCAGGUGCAUGACGGCCAUUAAAGAGCGAGUGAAUUUGGCCCGAAAGAUCGAGAAGAUGGAAUAUUUCCACGGUCGAGAGAAGCAGCACAAUUCAUGGGUGAGGCAAGCAGCUGAAGCGCUUGACAUCGAUGUGGAGGAUGACCUGCUGUUGGGACAAGGUAAAGAUGACGAGGAGGACAGACACCAGCAGAAGUUGGUGAAGGUGAUGAAGAAGCAGUUGAAACACAUGAUCUCACAACCCGUCUUCAGAAACACCAUGAAGACAAAAUACCCCACACAGAUGGGUAAACUACAGCUGCCUCAAGCUCCCGUCACCACGGCGACUGCAGCGUUAACCAGCUUCACUCAUCACAAACAGACUGCACGAGCGCAGCGCAAAUACAAACCCUGAAUAUCUCUGAAUAAAACAUGAAAUGAGACCUUUUGAUACCACGCCGUUCGGUUUUUCUGAACUUUUAAGCUCUCUUUAAAAGAUCAUUUUGAUAUAUUUGAAAUGUCUGUCUUUAUCAAAACUUAAAUAUGUGUUCAGCGAUUUAACUCCUGACUAACUUCCGAACCAUUCAUAACCUCAGCAGUUAACAUUCACUGCAAAAUGUUUUGUCUUAGAAGCAAACUGUUGAUGCUGGUGAUGUCACCUUUAUGGCAUUCAAUCUAGCUACAUGGUGUAAUCUCAGGGUGUGUCAGUAGGUGGCGCUGUUAUCACAUCUGCUUCAUGUCCAGUGAAAGGGAAUGACUGUAAAUUUAUUUUCAAAAAAAAAAAAUCUAUAUUUGUUACUUCUGAAAAUUUAAAGUUUCCUCCAUGUUUUUAUGUCUGAUCUUAACAGGUGUAGUAUACAGUUUCAAAUGGUAAACAGUGUUGGGUAAGUUACUCUGAAAAAGUAUUUAAGUACUAGUUACUAUUGACAUUCAGAAGAGUUAUUAGAUUAAUUUACAAAUUACUCUCUCCAAAAGUAUUUAAUAACUUAUUAUUAAUGACUUUCUAUAUCCUACAUCAACCUUGAUUAUUUCAGUGAGUCAAGGAUACAUAUA